CGGGGGAGACAAAUAAAACCGCGGGAGGCGGCGGGUCGUGGCCAGAGGCUAACUUGAGUCUCCAGCCACUGCGCCUCAGACCCACCGCCCGGCUCCUUCACCCCGCCGCACCUCCAAACCCCAGCCCAGGCCGGAGCGCGCGAGCCUUUCAGCGCACCUGUUGUCCCUGCCCGGACCGCCACCCGGGUUCUGCUCGGAGCAGCCUCAGCCCUCCAGCCAGCACCAGCCCUUUCCAGGCCCAGUGGGCGUCAAGAUGAAGGCGGCCCGCUUCGUGAUGCGCACCGCCGGCUCGCUCAGCAGCGCCGGCCUGGUCCCCCGAGAGGUCGAGCACUUCUCGCGCUACAGCCCGUCCCCGCUGUCCAUUAAGCAGCUGCUGGACUUUGGUUCAGAAAAUGCAUGUGAAAGAACUUCUUUUACAUUUUUGCGACAAGAAUUGCCUGUGAGGCUGGCCAAUAUCCUGAAGGAAAUUGAUAUCCUCCCUGAUCGAUUAGUAAAUACCUCUUCAGUGCAGUUGGUUAAAAGCUGGUAUAUCCAGAGCCUGAUGGAUUUGGUGGACUUUCAUGAGAAAAGCCCAGAAGACCAGAAAGCUUUAUCAGACUUUAUAGAUACACUCAUCAAAGUUCGAAAUAGACACCACAAUGUCGUCCCAACAAUGGCACAAGGAAUCAUAGAGUAUAAAGAUGGCUGUACAGUUGACCCAGUUACCAGUCAAAAUCUUCAGUACUUUUUGGAUCGAUUUUACAUGAACCGUAUUUCUACUCGGAUGCUGAUGAACCAGCACAUUCUUAUAUUUAGUGACUCACAGACAGGAAACCCAAGCCACAUUGGAAGCAUUGAUCCAAACUGUGACGUCGUAGCAGUGGUCCAAGAUGCCUUUGAGUGUUCAAGGAUGCUCUGUGAUCAGUAUUAUUUAACAUCUCCAGAAUUAAAGCUCACACAAGUGAAUGGAAAAUUUCCGGGCCAACCAAUUCACAUCGUGUAUGUUCCAUCUCAUCUUCAUCAUAUGCUCUUUGAACUAUUCAAGAAUUCAAUGAGGGCAACAGUUGAACACCAGGAAAAUUGGCCUUCCCUUACACCAAUUGAGGUGAUUGUUGUCUUGGGAAAAGAAGACCUUACAAUUAAGAUUUCAGACAGAGGAGGUGGUGUUCCCCUGAGAAUUAUCGACCGCCUUUUUAGUUACACAUACUCCACCGCGCCAACUCCUGUCAUGGAUAAUUCCCGGAAUGCUCCUUUGGCUGGUUUUGGUUACGGCUUGCCAAUUUCUCGUCUCUAUGCCAAGUACUUUCAAGGAGAUCUGAAUCUCUACUCUUUAUCAGGAUAUGGAACAGAUGCUAUCAUCUACUUAAAGGCCUUAUCUUCUGAGUCUGUAGAAAAACUCCCAGUUUUUAACAAGUCAGCCUUCAAACAUUAUCAGAUGAGCUCUGAGGCUGAUGACUGGUGUAUUCCAAGCAAGGAACCAAAGAACCUGGCAAAGGAAAAAGUGGCCAUGUGAAGAGGGACACUCAGGACACUUUUCGGGAUCAAAGUGGGUCUGCACCAGUGCUGCUUCCUGAAUGCUUGUGUGUGAACUCUUGCUUCCUCAAAAACAAAUGACAGCACCAAAAACUCCUUGAUUGGAACACUGAUCCAAUGGGGAAUGGAGCUCCUUUCUGUGACCCAGGAGAACAUAGUGCAGGACUACAGGAGUUAACAGAUGGACAGCUCCUUAGGUAGAGUAGCUCAUCAGUUUAUAUCAAAUCCUGAAGAAGAAAUAAGCUUCAGUUUUCCAUCUUUUUAUCAACAAGAAUGGGAAAGGGAAUGCAUGUGAAGAUAUAGGUUAGCAAUUUCAAAAGAUUGAAAUUGCUUUUAGGCCUCCUGGUGACAUCAAAAGAUAUUGAUAUUUAUUGAAUAUCAAAGUAUCAAUAUAUCAGCAUUUUCCUGCCAUGCAAAGGAUUAGAGCUCAAUUUACACUAUAUGAUUAAACAUAUAUGUAAAUGUACAUGUCAUAUAUUUACGUGCUCUAGGGAAGAAAGGCUGAUAACUAAAAUAAGGUUCACUCUGAAUGAAGAGGAAUGAGUCAAAACAUUUUAUUCAAAGUUGCAGCCAAGGCACUGGGCCUGUGUAAAAACUCAGAAGAAAGACUCUUUUGAUAAAUACAGAUACUUUAUUAUGGUACUUUUCUUGUUCGUACUUUAUGCAAUAUGUGAACACUUAUUGCCAGGUGCCUAGUCUUGGGUGAAUUGUUAAAUGUGCACUGAACUCAGGAUGUUGGGUAUUGGAGAGAGAGAAGAAUUGCCAAAGUGACAGCAAAACUAACUCAUACCUUGUUUUAUUUAUAAAUGAAAUGGUAGAUUGGAAAAACCCAUGUUAGGGAAAGAAAUAAUGUAUUCAGAAACUAACUCAGUAGGAAGGGCUAUUCUCUACCCUGAAGUGGUGGUAAUCCAAAGACAUAAUUUUCUAGGCUUAAAAAGUUGUAUUUUUGAUAUACUUAAUUAUAUUCUCUACAUUCCAGGAUUAACAUGUCUGUAAAAAAUUUUCUAAUUACUCAAUGGCUCAAGAAUUUUAGAAUUUAAAUAAUUUUUAUAUAGCCUGGAAGUAAGAGAUUUUCAUGCCAGCAUGCUUUCAUUUAUGAGUCAUUGAGACCGAGAGCUAAUGAAUGAAAGCUGUAAUGCAUAUUUUGGGUACUUUGGGAGAGUUAAGGUAUACUAUGCAGGUCGACAGGCCAGUCAUGCAGAUUACCCUUAGAGAAGGAGGAAUGAAAGGAAGAAGGAAGGAAGGAAAGAAGAAAGCAAAGAGGAUAGGAAGGGAGGGAAGCAGAAGGUACCUUUUUAUUUUCCCCAAAAAUUAUUUCAAAACAUUAUCUAUAUUUUCAUGGAUAAAUUAUUGGCAGCAGGAUGAAUUGGUGUCUCUCAAGCAGUGUGGCUUCUUUAAAUGGCUCCUGAUCUUACAAGAUGAUAGGUCUUAUGAGAUAAACUCAUCUGUGUCAAAUUAAUGUUUAAACCUGUAUAUAGAAAAAAACUAAGAUUUUCAGCAUUGUAAAAUAAUUAGUGUUCUUUAUAUGUUUAAUUUAACAUUUAUGUUUUAUUUUGUGAUGGCCUAGUGUUGUGGUGCUGCUAGUAGGGGCAAUGGAAGCCUGAACUAUUUGUUGUGGAUUUCAGAUUUUAUCAUCAGAAGUCCUAGACAUGCCAUCAAGUGGCCUUUCUUGAUGUUAGGACUCCAGCUCAUGCGUUUAUUGAUUACACAAAACUGUUUGCAUUGGGUUAUUUGUCAUUUGGGCUUGUUACUGAAAUUUAAGCUAAAUAUUUUUGCAUAUAAAUACUUGUACUUACCAAAGAUUUAAAGCAGCUGAUUAAUUAACUCAACACUAUGAAUUACCUUUAAAACACUAGAAAAAAAA